UGACAUUUCAGGAAUGAAAGACAAACGGAAAACAGAGAAAACGUUUUCUGUGGUUUCCCAAACCGAGAAGCAGCAAUUUUCCAUCAUCAGAAUUCGAACUUGAACAAACGAUUCUACACAAUCUUCAUUGAGACGGCCACAUAAAUGCUGGUUUUUUAUUCAGAUUGUGUUUUAAACAGAUUUUGACGCCAAAACUGUGUCGUUUUGAAGGUAUCCGAAAUGGGUUUCGCUGAAGUUGGGGUUUGCGUUAGGUUCCGAUGAUGGUUGUUUUGAGGGAUUUGCUGCAUGGGUUUUUCUGGGUUUUGGAUUUCCGGAGUGGGUUGUUUUGUGUUUUCUGGUUUUGAUCAUUUAUCAGUUCAGAAAGUUGAUGUUUUAGAGAAAAUUUAGGGUUUUUCGGGUGUUUUUUUUUCCUUAGAGAUGGGCAAGUUUACUGGGUUUGAUGGCGGUGAGGCUCGCUAUUGCUCUGAUGAUGAUCAAAACAUUGAUAUUGAUGUUGCUCUUUCUUACAUUGAUGAGAGGCUUCAAGAUGCCCUUGGACAUUAUCAAAAAGAUUUUGAAGGUGGAGUUUCUGCCGAGAAUUUAGGAGCAAAAUUUGGUGGGUAUGGUUCAUUUUUACCCACUUAUCAGCGCUCUCCUCUUAUGUGGUCUCACCAAAGGACUCCACAGAAAGUUCAGAUCCAAAACAUUUCCAAACCUAGCAAUCUCCCAUCAAAGGGAGCCCAUCAGAGCUCUGUAGUUCUCUCAAGUGGACUUAGACAUGCUUCAAUCACUCCACCACUGCCUGUAUCAAGGACUUCUUCUGUGGAUAGUUCAAUUAAAUUUCAUACUUCAGGGGAAUCUGCUCCUAAAUGUGAAAUCAUAAACCUGCCAAAUUCUAGGUCUGAUCAGAAAAGUCUGAAGGUUCGGAUUAAAGUGGGCUCAGAUCAUAUAAAGGCUCAAAGAAAUGCUGCUAUUUAUAGUGGUCUUGGUCUUGUUACAUCUCCAUCUUCCUCAUUGGAGGAUAGCCCUUCAGAAUGUGAAGGGAAUUUCCCUGAAUCUCAAGAAACCCAGGCUGAAUCUCCCUCCAGCAUUAUUAAGAUCAUGACUUCUUGUCCUGUUCCUGACGGUGUAUUGGUAUCACCCCUGGAUGAUAGUUUUACUUGCUUAAUGGAAGAGGAAGGCCUUGUAGACGUUAGGAUAUCUCAUCAUGUUGAGGAAAGUUCUUCCCCUUUAGUAAACAAGUUUGCUACCAUUAGGGGUGGUGGAGAAGCGUUUGGAGAUAAUGAGAUUCAGCAGAGGGGUAAAAAUGUGAGGUUGACAGAAUUGGAAGAUGAGAGUUAUGAGGAUCCCUCUAAUGGCACCAAUACUCAUCUGAAGAAAGGAGAUGCUGAGACCUUGACGGGUGAUUCCUUGAAGGUUCUGUAUCCAUCCAAAGGAAAUGGUAAAGUCAAUGGCGUAAAAGAAGGUCCUGUUAAGGGAUCUGAAAUCAAUAAGAGUGUGGUAAAGGACAGCUCUAAUUUAGAAAAGGAGGAAGCCUUAGAGUUGGCAUCAAUUGUGGAAGCUAGCAGGACUGAUAAGUGGAAUGCAAAGACAAGUUUGGUAGAAAGGGUUCAGAAAGAUAAAAAAGCAGGUCGUAUUAUUACAAACGGUGGUGGGCCCAAAGGGGAGAGUAGUUAUGAUUUAUUUAAAGAAAAUUGCGACAUCCCCGAGGGAAAGAAAGAUUUUAAUGGUGGGGCAAGCGGUCCUCCUAGAAAGAAAUUUGAUCAGAAGGCUAAAUCCCCUCUGCAAGAUGGAAUGAGAAUUCCUCUUGGGAAGGAACAGCCAGCUUCUAGUUGCAAAAAGAAAUCGAAGGGAAGCCAAAGAAAGGGCACCUCAGCCUUGGAGUUAACAAGGGAAAGCUUGAGGGUUGAUUCUUCUGCAGCACCGGAAGAUAUGGUUGCUCAUCGAAAAUAUGUUCCAUAUAAAAGUAAUCGGGAUGACAUCAAAUCACAGAAGGAUUUGAUGAAGGUCAAAGAAAGUCAAGCUCAUUUGAUUGGGAAAGAAAAACUUGAAAAGAAGGAAAUUAGAAUGGUUCCGUUGGAGACUUCUGUUAAAGAAAAAAAUUCCUCUAAGCUUAGGGUUUUCAUGAAAGAAACCUGUGCAUCCAGUGAUAAAUUAAAGGAAAGAUCGGGAGGUAAAAAGUCCAGUUGCCCAUCAACAUUCGAAGCACAUCAAGAAGUUUCAAAAACUUCUGCCCUAACAGGAAAUGGGUCCAUUUCUGGUGCAUUUCCUACUGAGGUUGCUCCGGUAGUCAUACAGGAAAAUUGGGUAUGCUGUGACAAGUGUCACAAGUGGCGGCUUCUCCCGUAUGGUGAAAAUCCUAACUGUCUCCCGAAGAAGUGGCUGUGUAGCAUGCUAUAUUGGCUGCCUGGAAUGAACCGAUGUAGUGUCAGUGAGGAGGAGACAACAAAUGCGCUGAAUGCAUUGUACCAGGUUCCUGUCCCUGUUCCUGAGGUCCAAACUAUUCAACCGGUCCAUACUCAUGGAGCUGCAUCUGGGGCAACCUUGGCUGAUGCUAGGAAUCUUGGUCAAAACCACCAAUACCAUAGUUUUGAUGCUGCGUCCAGCGGUGGAAAGACAAAACAUGGUACAAAGCCAGUAUCAAAUGUAGCGAGACAUAGCAGUUUCAUGAACCUUUCAAACUCCUCAAGUGACCAACCUGCCUCCACUAAAAGAAGUCUAAAGCAUGCGGACAAAUCCCCUCUGGAGUUCAACACAGAGGAAAGAUCGGGUGAUGCAAAGCUAUUGAAAAUGAAAUGCAAGAGAGAGGCUGAUCAAGAUGGUUUUAGAGUGUCUAAGAAAAUCAAGACAAAGGGCAUGCAUUAUAUUGAUGGAGAUCAAAGUCUAGGUAGAUUGGAACCUGAAAUUGACACUCAGAAGCAUAAUGAAUACUCUUCUUCCAGGGAUUCAAAGGGUAUCACAAAGAAACUGAAGAACCAGGUUAAGAAGAGUGUGACUAUGGAAGAGCAAAAUAAAAGAUAUGUUGCAGGAAAAAAGAAAAAAUUGAUGGACUGGCAAGAUAGUCAGUUUUCCUUGGAGACUGUUCCUAGUAACGGGCAUCAGUCUGAAGCCAAGUGGAUUGUGGAGAAGCAGAAUAGUGGCAGUGAACAUGGAAAAGGGAAGAAGCCCAGGAGAUCAGAGUUAGAGAGAAAGGAAUCCAUUGCAAGUAUCCCUGAUGGUAAACCAAACAGAAAAGGUACAGUUGCCAGGAUCCUUUUGUCAAGUCGCAAAGAUGAUCCUGUAGAUGGCAAUAGUUCAUAUGAAGAAGGAAAAAGCACCGAAAAGGACCAGCCCUUGGCACAAAGUCAUGGGAACAACUUAUCACGACAGGCCAUUGAUUGCAAGACUUCUUCGAGAAGGGAUUUUCCAUUUAGACAGCCUCCCACGGCAGCCACCUCUAGCUCAUCUAAAAUUUCUAGCUCCUGUAAAGUUAAAGUCAACUCCCAAGAAGUUAAAGGCUCACCUGUGGAAUCAGUUUCUUCUUCUCCUUUGAGGAUGUCCAGCAGAGAAAAUUUUAGAACAAACCUUUUGGGGAAGGAUGAUGCUACUGGUGCAGAUUUCUUUCUCAUGAAUAAUCCUAGAAGUUGCUCAGAAGCUGAGGGCGAUGGUGAAAAUGUUGUGUCUGGGAGAGCUAGGAAGGAGAAAGCUUUCUCUUCCAAUCAUCAAAGAUCAAUGAAAUCCUCAUUGUUUGAUUAUCAGGACAGGAUAACUGAUCAUAAAACACAUGGAAAAGUUAAAGUAUGUACUGUACAUCCUUCUAAGCUCCCAAACACCCAAUUGGUGAACAGUUCCAUUGAUAACUAUGAACAAGAUAAAGAGAGAGUAAACAACCUUCACUUCCAUAAUGGGUCUGUUUCUGAGAAUUUUGGGAAGGUAUUCUCUUCACAGGCCAAAGAAAAGCACUUGACUUCUAAAUCUGGUUCCAAUAGAGACAGGAUCAAAGCCUCUGAUUCACAUAAGGAGCAGAAAGAGCUGUUCCUAGCCAAGAGCGUGAAGUAUGAGGUGGAGAAUGAAUUCAAUGAUAAUGCACCCCACAAAGAAGAAAUGAGGGAUAUGAAGUUUAAAAUUGAGGGAGGUUAUGGCAUUAAAUCUGAUAAGGCUGAGAAAAAUUGUGUUGGUAAGAAAGUUUCUGCAGGGAAACGUGCUAGUGAAAGUUGUAAAAUAGAGAAGCAAACUAAAUUUGAAGAACAUGACAAUCUGCAUGGAAAAUCAAAUACCAUUUGCCAAAAGGAUGGUGGAUCUACUAUGCAGCAGAACCGCAAGGUUGAAAAGUCCUUGAAGUGUCUUUCUGCAGACAGCACUGAUCAAGUUGAAGUAGCCUCUGGGAAAAGCGAUGCUGCAAAGGCCGCAAAACAGCAUGGGGAGUCUGAAGGUCUAAAUGGAAUUCAUGUUGGUUCAAGAGAUCCCACUCCUAACAGGCAUGGGGCCAGGGAUAUUGUUGCUCCAAAUCCUGUUAAACAGGGUACCUCCAUUCGUGCAGCACGUAAUGCCUUGAAAGAAGCUAAGAAUCUUAAACAUUUAGCUGAUCGACUUAAGAUUUCUGGGUCAGGACUCGAAAGUACCGAGCUUUUCUUCCAGGCAGCUUUGAAGUUUCUUUAUGGGGCAACACUUUUAGAACUUUGCAACAGUGAGGGUGUCAGCUGUGGGGAGAUGUCAUCAAUAGAAGUAUUCAAUAGUACUGCAAAACUAUGCGAGUAUUGUGCCCAUGAGUUUGAGAGAUGGAAAAGCAUGGCUUUUGCUGCUUUGUCAUACAAAUGCAUGGAAGUGGCAUACAUGCAGGUGGUCUAUUCCACUGAUUCCAUUGCCAGCAGGGACCGAAAUGAGUUGCAGAUGGCCCUAGAGAUGGUUCUGCCAGUUGAGUCCCCAUCAUCCUCUGCCUCUGGUGUUGAUAACUUAAACAAUCAAGCAGCAAUUGAUAAGAUGGAUAUACCCAAGGAUGCCAGUUCUCAAGUUAUGGGAAAUCAUGUUAUUGCUGCCAGAAACCGACCCAACUUUGUGCGGCUGCUUGACUUUGCACAAAUUGUUAGUUUUGCAAUGGAAGCCUCAUGGAAAUCACAGAAUGCUUUCGCAGCUGCUAAUGUGGUUCUUGCAGAGGCUGGGAAUGAAGAGGGUAUUUCUUCUGUUAAGAGGGUCCUUGAUUUCAGCUUCCAUGACGUAGAUGGAUUCUUACGUCUUGUACGCCUUGCAAUGGAGGCUCUUGCCCCUUAGCACUUGAAGUCCUGGUACAUCCAUGCAGAGUAUGCCAAGCCAGUGAAAGUAUUUUGAUUCCCCUCUUUAUAUGCAAUAAUGAAGGUGACAACAGGGAAAUAGAUCUAUGUAGCACACUCUUCUGUGGAGAAACCUGCUAUCACCAGUUCCUUUCUGCUGCAUGUAUAAAAAGUUGGAUUUACUACUCAAAUUUUAAUUUACUGUUUGUUGGCCUUGAGAUGGUUUUUUCCCAUUGGAUGAGAGAGAGAUUGAUAAUUGAGCUUCUUGGAGAGACCUGCUAUCACCAGUUCCUUGCUGCAUGUGUAAAAAGUUGGAUUUACUAACUUAAUAAUUUAUUUUAUGUUUGCUGUCCUUGAGCUGGUUUUUCCCAAUGGACAAGGGAUAGAUUGAUGAUUGGGCUUUGGCCAUAAGGUUCAGAGAUUAUUUUAUUCACUGGUGCGGCUUUGAGUCCCUUAAAAUAGGAGGGAUAAGAGUGGGAGGAUCAAUAUCAUUUAUAAGAAAAUUGCAAUUUCAUUAUCUUCUAUCUUGGAACCAAGAGAGGAGCAAGUAAUUGGCUAAGAUGUUGGGGAACUCUUAGUUUUAUUAUUUAUUUCUCAUUUUUAUUUUUUUGAAAGGAAGAAUUCUGGGAAAAUUGUUAACCCCAGUUUUACUAACUCUACCAACUAAUGUCAUUCAAAUAGAGAGGAAAGUGGAAUUUUAUUUUUGGGGGUGAAAUAUGGAGAUAAAGGUAGGAAUUUUUGGAAGGAAGGCAGCUGUCCAGGAGAUACUGGGUUGUCACUGCAGCUGUAGUGGUUAACAUGUGUCCUUGAUUAAAGAGAUAAAGUGUGAAGAAGUUAAAGUUGUGUAUAGAGAAAACAAGGAAAGAGUGAUAUUUAUACUGGAUUUUGAGAUGGAUCAGCAGAAAAUAUCUUUGUAUAGUGAAAUAAUGCAGUUCUGGUAUUCUACAUAGACUUUGCAUGGCAAUGGAAUUUAGCACAGAUUCCCUGAAUUUUGCUCGUUGUCACAAAGGUUGGCAAACCAGUACAGUUGUGCAUCCAUGGCAGGAACAGUUUUUGGUGAAAAGUGAACACCCCCGACUGUCCUCCUCAUUCUGCUAAUUUGUUUUCUUUUUCCCCGUCUAAUAUGAUUUAUAUACAUUGUGCCUUUUGUAUAGAUCCAGAAUUUUGAACUCUCUCCUUGCAUGUAUCAUAACUGCAACAUUUUUGAGCUAUACAAAUAAACUCUUUUUCUUUCUUCUGUCAACAAUAGAUAAUUGUGUAUUCAUGUGGAGUGUCAUUACCCAGUGAGAUUCUGAAUUCCAACCCUUGAAACAAGAAGCUCAAAAUCGCCAUGGAUGCUUGAAGCCCCAGCCAUGUAAAUGGUUAUCUGGAACAGAACUGGGAUUUAGCUCUUGACUUGAAAUUUUCUCUGUAAAUUAUGAUUGGAAGUUCCAUCAGAAGGGGCCUCUCUGCAUGACUCUUUAGAAAACUUUCAAAAGAUGUAGCAGAUUUUGUGAUCUCUUCUGUUGCCUCGACAACCAGAUAAUGGAGAAAAGACGAAAAAUAUUGAACCAGUUUGUGUAAACAGCAGAGUAAGGUGUUGAGAUGUCUCAUCUUCCCCACCAAAACCAUGCUCCACAGCCAAGGAAGUCUGCAUGUCCAGUUUCAUGGUAAGUUCUUUGAUACAUUAGAUCUCUUUGCCUCUUGUUCUUUUGUUGAGAAAAUCUCUAGGAGCUUGGGUUGGUUCAAGGGGGCCAUUUAGGGUUCAAUAUUCUCCCUGUGAGAAUCAUGUAAUAACACAUUUUCAAACUAUACUCAAGGGGGGCUUUGCGGCUAAUCGCCUUGAUUAGUUGGUUUCUAAUUGGGGGUUUACCUUUAAUCGGGUUGCACUCAAAUUAGAAAUAGUGAAUGUCCCUUGAUCAUCAUUCCUUUAA